GAGUUCGCCCACCUCGAACCUUGUUGCGUCCCUCUUGGCAUGCAUCAUCUGAAGAAUGAAGUGACCGACGCCUCAGAGUGCCUCGAGGGGUGGUUCGCCACCUUGGUGGAGGGGAUGGUUUGCCAGUGGGACCUCGCAAUCUACGACGGGGAAGUUGCGCGUGCCCAUUGCCGGGCGGCGCUCGGGCGAUCGUCCAACACUGGCGGCUUCGCUGCCAUCAUGGAGGAAGAGUUGGGUCUGGACAUCGGGAGUGAUUUUACAAGGUCGAGGUGCGGGGGCGAGGAGCCAGGGCCGCCGAAGCGCGGCCGCCCUCCUGGGAAGUCCAAGGUGAAGAGGAACAGAUUUGACGCUUGGAAUGCAUAUGUCCAGGCCCACCGACCAGACGGUGCAACGCCGUUGUUUACAUCUGACAGCGGCAAGAAGUCAACUGGCAAGCAAGCUGACAUUCACAGCGGUUGUUUUUUGAGGCGGGUCGGACAAAGGUGGAUGGCUGAAUCGUUGGCAGAGCGCGAGAAGUGUCAGCAGAUUGCGUUGAUGGAGCAGGCGCCCAAGUGGGCAGAUGAGGAACUGAGCGGCGACGACGCCGAGGAGUGCGAGGAGGGGGGGGAGGGGCUGGGCAGCAAGGGCGACGCUCUCACGUGGAAGAUCGGCUCGCCCGAUUCCCCUCUUUGCGAGGAGAACUUCUCAACGCCACUGUUGUCGCCAGUUAUCGCCAAGGAGGUACAGCAAUGGUUAGGUGAGAUUGAGAGCGAGGCGGACGCCCUCGGCAUCGAGGAUGUGGCGUGCGUGGAGAUGACUUGCGAUGUCGUGGGCUAUAACCGCAUGGCCGUGACGCAUACGAGUAAACAUUGUGUUAUUGCAGGUUGCCUCCACCACAUGUCGGACAUCGCGGACCCGAAGCCUGCUCAUGAUUCGGACUUGGGCGAUAUGCAGGGAUUGAACGAGAACGGCGCCGAACCGCCGGAUGAAAGCCCGACGAGGAAUGCGACUUCGACGUCGAGGAACUCAGCCUGA